CAUUCCUCUUCAGCUUUUCACCGGUGCAAAUAAACGAAUAUUUCUUGUCCUCAAACACCAAGAUUUUUAUUUUCUGUUAUGGAAGAAAAGCGAUAUGCUCUUUUGUUGGCAGCAAGAGAUUCAGAUUAUGUGAAGAAAGUUUAUGGUGGAUACUUCAAUGUCUUCGUUGCAGCUUUUGGAGAAGAAGGAGAGAGAUGGGAUUUGUUCAGAGUUGUUGAAGGAGAGUUCCCUGACAUGAAUAAGCUUCACAAAUACGACGGAUUUGUCGUCAGUGGUAGCCCUUAUGAUGCCUAUGGAAAUGACUACUGGAUUCUCAAACUUUGCUUCUUGCUCCAAACUUUAGAUUCCAUGGAGAAAAAAGUUCUCGGCAUUUGCUUUGGUCACCAGGUUUUGUGUAGGGCAUUGGGUGGGAAAGUUGGGAAGGCUUAUACUGGAUGGGAUAUUGGGCUGAGAAGAGUGAGAAUGGUGAGGGAUUUAAGAACAUGCAGCUUCAUGGAAAAAUUGGGAGAAGAAAUUCCACAAUUUCUUUCUAUAAUAGAAUGUCAUCAAGAUGAGGUUUGGGAGGUGCCUCCAGGAGCAGAAGUGAUAGCAUUUUCUGAUAAAACAGUCGUUGAAAUGUUCACCAUUGGAGAUCAUAUUCUUGGCAUCCAAGGCCAUCCUGAAUUCACCAAAGACAUUCUUUAUAAUCUCAUUGAUCGUCUCCUAAAUAACAAUUGCAUUCAGAGUGAUUUUGCUGAUAAUGCUAAGCUUGGAUUGGAGAAAGCUGAACCAGAUAGGAAGUGUUGGGAAAAAAUUUGCAGGAUUUUCCUCAAGGGAAGAUUAUAGAGAAUAAUUUUGGCCUCCUUUAAUCAGGAUGAUUAAUAAAUGUAUUAAUGGCUAAAUUUCUUAAAUUCCAUCAAUUUAAAGUGAAAUAUUUUUUUUUAA